ACACACCCACGCUGGUUUGAUGUGAAGCAACUGUGAAAGUUAAGGUUUUAUUAAAGUGCCAUUUGGUGAAUCAUCUCUCGUUAAAGGCUCCUAAUAAUUGAGACUGAGAGAUAAAGUUAUUAUGGUAUGUUAAGCAUGGGUGUGUCCUGCUAAAAUAAGCAGGUUGAAAUGCAAGGCUUCAAUAGACCACGUUGGAUCUGCACAUAAUGAAGUCUUUUCUGUUUCUCCUCUCCAUUAUUGGCUGCUGUGUGGGGCAGGAUCUCCUGCCAGAGGGGCCAGUGGAGGCUUUUUUUGGUAAAAAUGUCACUUUCCAAACCCUGGUUGAUGUCAAAGAUGACUUCAUCACCUUUGCCUGGUUUUACAACGGCGGGAGUGGGCCGGUACCCAUCGUCACUGUGACGCCAGCAGGGGAGACGGUGGCUGAAGGCUACCAGGGAAGAGUGAGGGUGAACCGGACCAAUGGUUUCUUGACCCUGGGGCCACUGAAGGCGAACGACAGAGGUUUUUAUAAUGCUACCAUGGUUACUUCUGAAAUGAUGAAGACUGGAGAGACCAUGCUCCGAGUUCUGGGAUGCUGUGACUGGUACGCACUGCCUGAGGGUCCAGUGGAUGCAGUCUCAGGGAAACCUGUUACUUUCAAAACCCUGAUGGAUCCCAAAGAGAACUUCAGUGAUAUAGUCUGGUUUUUCAGCAAUGGGGGUCAACUGACGCGUUUAGCCACUGUGACCAGCAGCCUGCGGACGAGUGUAGUGUCUGAAGCUUACAAGGAGAGAUUGAAGCUGAACCAGACCAACGGGUUCUUGACACUAAUGUCUCCAACCAUGGCAGACAGUGGGGAUUAUUACAUCAACAUCUUUAUAGGAACCAGGGUGAAGACCGGAGAGACCAAGCUGCGAGUUCUGGAGCCGGUAUCAAAUGUGACCAUCAGGGCCAACGUGCCUGAGACGGUAGAGUUUAACAGCACUGUGGUUCUCACCUGCUCUGCCGAGGGCUCAUUCCUCAAAUUCUCCUGGACCAGCGGCAAAGCACCUAUCAUGGCCGACAACACACGACUCUCUAUCAAAGAGGAGGCCACAUCCAGUAUGCUGACUAUCAGUGGUAUUCGGAGUUCAGACCUGGUUGGGCCCAUCUACUGCACAGCUGCCAACCAGCUGGAGAUGGAGAAGAGCGCCCCCUUCAACCUCACUGUCAUCUUUCCUGCACCUCCAUCUGUAGUGACUCAUCCAGCACAGCCUAAUCUGACUGCCAGCGUGAAGCCUGAAAGUGUGAGUGAAGGACAAAAUGUGACUCUAACAUGUGACACAUCCUGCGAACUGCCUGGGCCGAGCACUAUUGUCUGGUUCAGAAAUGGGCAACAAGUGGCCAAACCACCCCAUUUCCAGGCCAGUGCAGAGGAUGCUGGGAGUUAUACGUGUGCUGUUGAAGGCCAGGAGUCAGUGCAGAGCAAUCCGGUGUUCCUGGAUGUUCACUAUGCUCCAGUGAAUGUGUUAAUUGAGGUCAGUCACAAUGGCACCCUGGCAGAGGGCAGCAGUGUGAACCUGACCUGCAGCAGUGCUGCUAAACCUGUAGGCAGAUACACCUGGUACAGAAGGACUUCUUCCAGUUCCCUGCUCCAGGUGGGCUCAGGAAAGGUCCUGUCUUUAGCCUCUCUGGAUCUGUCCAAUGCUGGACUCUAUGUGUGUCAGGUCAGGAACCGUCUGGGAGAAAAAAGCUCAAGUGAAGUGCUGCUGGAGGUCGAUGUUUUAGAGACACCCACAGGACCAACAGAGGAGGGAGAGGAAGGUGGUAAACUAAAAGCAACAUCCUCACAUGCUGCCACAUCCUCCCACUCCACCAUGUCCCCAUAUACAAGUCUGUCCUCACCACCUGCCACUUCCUCCAAAACCACCAUGUCCCCAUAUACAACCCUGUCCUCACCACCUGCCACAUCCUCACAUGCCACCAUGUCCACAUAUACAACCCUGUCCUCACCACCUGCCACAUCCUCACAUGCCACCAUGUCCCCAUAUACAACCCUGUCCUCACUACCUGCCACAUCCUCCCACACCACCAUGUCCCCAUAUACAACCCUGUCCUCACCACCUGCCACAUCCUCACAUGCCACCACAACACAGGACAGGGAUACAAGAUUUGAUCAGCACACCUGGUUUGGCAAGUUGCAGGCGGAACUGUUGGAGAUGCGGUUGAGCUUUGAGAGGAGCCUCCGUCAGAUGGAAAGCCGUACACAUUCCCUGCUGUGGUCCAUGAGCAGGAGGUUGGAGCGAAUGACAGAGGCUGUGGAUCGUAAUUCCCCCUCCUCUCACCAGGAUAAAACCUUUUUAUCCCUUAGCCAUUUGCUAUCCAGGGGUGUUUCAGCAGUGACCCCUUCAAGCCAACCCGCAGGCAGUCGCCCCAUGAAUCUUCAGAACAGAGGUCAGCGCAGACGUGAAGGUCGGAGAGGAACUCGGUCCUGAAAAGGAAGAGCUUAUGUUAAGUUACCAGUUCUGUUGUUUCUAAGGACCAGUGUGUAGGAUUUAGUGACAUCUAGAGGUGUAGUAGGAGAUUGCAAGUCCCUCACUUCAGCCUCUCCCCUGAGAAGGAGAAAUUUCAGCGGCCACAAACUUACAUAGCCCAAUCUACAACCAGUGUUUGGUUUGUUAGUUCUGAGCUACUGUAGAAACUGUCCAUGGAAAGAAACUGGUGGCGUCUUUAGAUAACAGCAGCUUAUUCUUAGGUAACAAAAUCAUAACGAUUCUUAUUUUCAGGUGUUUAUACAAUAAUGAAAACAUAGUUAUACAUAUCAUAUUCCAUUUCUGUCAAUGGAUCAUCCUAAAUGUUACACACUGGAUCUUGAAAUGAAAACGAACAUGAUACACUUAUUUUUAUUCUUAAUAAUUUGAUAUGAACAUAUAUGUUUUCAUCUUAAAAUCUUACCUUUCGACAGUUAUGUCUUUUUAAUAAGAUUUUGAUCUUACAAGCAAAACUUUUCAGUAAACUCUUGUUUGACUUGCCAUUUUCCAUUAACCCUUGUCUAAUUCAAUUAUCUUUACUGUUUGUGGGGGUAAGUCAAGAUAGGCUAGCUGAGAUCAUUCUUGAGUGUCUUUAUUUGUAAGAAUAUUAGAAAUAUAUAUUUUUUACUCUGGUAACAGACACUAACUGUUCAUUAUGUCAAGAUUCUGACAGUAGAAAUCUCCUCUAUCUUCAGCUUGAAAUACACUGAUGUUAGAGUGAACAAAGAGUUUGAUCCACAGCCUGUAAAACACUCUGGAACCCCAGAACCUUUGUGAGUUUCCCCCAAAGUUUGCAGUUUAGGUGCUUUACCAUAUUUCUGUAGGUACCAGGCUAUGUCAUGAUAAACUCAAAAGUUUUUUACUUCUAUAUCACAGUUUGGUGAAAUGUUGAACUUAAGCUUUACAAAAGUUUUAUUGGUCUUUUACAAAAGGUAAUGAUUGUACCUAGAAAAUGAUAACUUUUCAUCUGAUUAUUAAUUAAUAAAUAUCCACAGUACAUUACAUUUACACCUUAUGGACUACUGCAACACAUCUGAUUCUGAUGAUCAUAAUUUUAAGCCUUUUGAUUCCCCUGCAAUUGAUUCUUACAAUGUUGAUGUUGCCCCAGAUUUGAAUUUGUUUUCAUCAUUUGAUGCCAUUAACCUCUGCAGAUUUUAUGAUGAAACUCAGUUUAAUGACUUAUGUGUUUCUAUGCCUUCUAAUAUAUUCUCCACUUUCCACCUGAAUACAAGAAGUCUUUCUUGCAACUAUGACAAAUGUAUUCAUUAUUUAUCUUCACUCAAACAUAAUUUCUCUGUUAUUGCCUUAUCUGAAACAUGGCCUACAGAAGAUUCUAGAGAAAUAUUUAAAUUACCAAAUUAUAAUUCAGUCCACUACGUAAGAGAGAAUAGAUCUGGAGGUGGAGUAUUUCUGUUUUUUCUUGUUGACUAUGAAUUUAAAGUUAGGGAUGAUCUUUGCCUGAAGUCAGCUAGGGCUGAGGUGGAAUCUGUGUUUGUGGAGCUCUCUGGUGUCUUUGGUGGAAAAAAUGUUAUAGUUGGUGUUAUUUAUCGCCCACCUGACUCUACUGUCCAAGAUUUUAAUGAAAGUCUGUCCAGUUCUCUUGAUUUGAUAAACAAGGAGGAUACAUUUUGUUAUAUUUUAGGAGACUUUAAUAUAAACCUCUUUAAAAAAAAAUUUGAUACUUUUUCUCACUUAUUCAUAAAUCUACAAGAGUAAAGGAAAAUUCAGCAACUUUGAUUGAUAACAUCUUAACAAACAACUUGAGUGAAGGAAUGAAAUCUGGGGUUUUGUAUUUAGAUUUGUCAGAUCAUUUUCCUAUAUUAAAGAUAUGCUUGCCAGUAUCUCAUGGAAUGAUCUAUAUAAAGAAAAUAAUGCUUAUUCUGCAUAUCAACAUUUUAUGAAAGUCAUUAGCUAUAGUUUCAAUGAAUGUUUUCCAAUAGGCAGUUCUACUAGGAAAUGCAAUCAGGACUUAAGUAGGCCUUGGUUUACAGUUGAUUUGCUGAAGCUGCUGAGGAAAAAGAAUAAAUUGUACAGAAAAUAUGUCUCAAAUCCUACACCUGUUACCCAUGGUGUUUAUAAAUCUUAAAUAUACUCAUUCCAUUAGAUCUGCGAAAAAGAAAUAUUUCUGCGAAAAAUGUAAGAGGUGUUCAAAUGAUACUUAAACCACAUGGAAAGUUAUAAAUCAGUUGUUGCAUAGAGAAAAAAAGACUCACCCAGAGUUACCUUCAAUCUUUUUAGAUGGUGACAAUUCUUUUAACAAUUCAUUUGAUAUAGCAAAAAAAUUCAAUGAUUUUUUUGUUAACAUUGGUUAUGAAUUAGCUAGUAAAGUUCCUCCUAGUUGUGCCAAUCCACUGGAUUUCAUUACAGUAAAUUAUCCUUCUAUCUCUUCUUUUAAGCCUCAUGAUGUCCAAGAAAUAAGUGACAUUAUUGAUUAACUAAAAACAUCUUCAGCUGACCAUGAUGACAUUUCUGCAUCCCUAGUUAAACAGGUCAAUUUUGCUGCCACUAGGUUACGUUAUUUCUCUGUCUAUGGCAAGAAGCGUUGUACUAGAGGAUUUAAAAGUUGCCAAAGUUAUUCUUCUAUUUAAAGCGGAUGAUCCGUGUUGUUUUAAUAAUUAUAGACCCAUAUCUAUUUUGCCAUGUUUUUCAAAAAUAUUAGAAAAAAUCAUAUACAAAAGGAUCCUUUCUCAUGUAGAUUCUAAUUCAAUUCUUUACAAACAUCAGUAUGGUUUUUAGAAAAAUCACUCCACUUAUAUGCCUUUGCUUCAUUUGAUUGACAAAGUUACCUCUGCAUUAGAAAAUAAUGAAUUUAAUUGUAGUAUAUUCAUUGAUUUUUCACAAGCUUUUGAUACAGUUAACCAUCAUAUUUUACUGAAAAAACUGCAUAAAUAUGGUUUUCAUGAUGUUACGUUUGAAUGGUUAAAAAACUAUGUCUCAAAUAGAAGACAGUUUGUUUGUAUUAAUGGAUGCUAUUCCAACAAAGCUACACUACUUUGUGGGGUCCCCCAGGGAUCCAUUCUUGGACCAUUAUUAUUUCUUAUUUAUAUUAAUGAUUUAUCAAAUGUCUCAAAUAUUCUUUGUUUGCAGAUGAUACAACUCUAGUUUAUUUUCACUCAAAUUUCAAUUCUCUGAUUAAAAAUUUGAAUGUUGGUUUAACUAGAUAUGCUACAUGGUUCAGUUUAAAUAAGUUAUUUCUGAAUAUAAAAAAAAUCUAACUAUAUAAUAUUUUGUGGCAAAAAAUCAUACUCUAAGGAUUUUUGUAAAGUUAUAAUUCAGUCUGUUGAGUUGCCUCAAGUCUCAACAACAAGAUUCCUGAGUUUGAAUUGGAAAGCACAAAUACACUGGGUUAGCAAAAAAAAUAAACAAAUCUAUCGGUAUAAUUAGGAGGAUUAGUAAUCUUGUUACCACAAGCUGUCUUCUUACACUUUAUUACAGUUUAAUUUAUCCAUUAUCUUUCAUAUUGUAAUAUAGUUUGGGCAAGUACCUUUCCUACUUCACUCCAUAGAAUUUUGGUUCUUCAGAAACGUUUUGUUAGGAUGGCAACCCGAUCUGAUGUCUCAUCUGUACGUCUUUUUCAGAAACUCCAGAUACUUACUGUUCAUGACAUCAAUAUCUCUCAAAUAUGUGUUCUUAUUUAUAAGGUAUAUUCAGAUCAUGAAAACUUUCCAGAGCACUUUCAGACUUAUUUUAAAUUUAAUUCUCAGGUUCACUCUUAUCCAACGUGACAAUCUUUAGAUCUUCAUCCCCCAAGAUUUUUUACGUGCAGAGGUCAAUUUACUAUUAAAUUUAAGGGUACCAAAUUAUGGAAUACCUUUUCCCAUCUGGCAAAAAACUCCAUCUCUAUAAAAUGUUUCAAAAGAUGUCUAAAAGCCCAUUUAACUGCUGUCUUAAAAUUCUAAUUCACACACAAACACACUUUUAUAUCAUGUUCAUAUUUUUGUUUUCAUAUUGUUAUUUUGUUGUCAUUAUAACUUGUUGUUGAUGUUAUAUAUUCUUUUUCUCUAUUAUCAGUUUGUUAUUACUUUAUGUAGUUAUAAUAUUCUCUGUAUGUCAAUUUUCUGUUCCUUAUAACUAUGAAAUUUUAGGUGGAGGCUUUAAAUAAGCCCAUCUGGGUUUUCUGCCUUUCCCUGCGCUAUUUGUUAUCUUUGUCGUUUUAUUGUAAUUCUAAUCUGUGCAAAAUAAAUAAAUAAAAUAAAAAUAAAUAAAUAAAUUAAGAGAAGGAUUUUGUGACCUCCAACAGAAUGUCUUGGCAUAUAAAAGUAUAAUUUUUUAGUGUCAGUGAGAGGUGCUGAAGCAUUUUCCGAUUAGAACCCCCAUGUUUUGUAUAAAUAUGAAGAGUAAAGGAGAAAUAAAUCAUUCUUGCAUUAUUAACAGUUGUACUUAUAAAUUCUAAUUAUUUAGAUUUAUCUAUGGACUUUUUAAAACAACUGGAGAUUCUGUCUCUGUGUGGAUUGUGUGUGUGUGUGUGUGUGUGUGUGUGUGUGUGUGUGUGCGUGUCCUCAGUGAAGUGUAUCAGUCUCUGCAGUAGCUUCCAGCUGCAGCAGUCAGUUCAGUUUCUGUUCAGUCUGACUGAGGGAGGUUUUUGUACGACGCUUUUUCACUGUGUGAACAACCACUGACUGUUGAUGUAAUGACCACCCAUGCAGUAGUAAGCUGCUGUGUCUUCAGUCUGUACUCCACUGAUGGUCAGAGUGAAGUCAGAGUUUGAUCCACUGCCUGUAAAACGACCUGGAAUCCCUGAUGCUUGAGUGCUAGUAUAGUAAAUGAGCAGUUCAGGAGUUUCUCCAUCUCUCUGUCGGUACCAGGAUAAAUAGUAAUAUUUAUAGAUGUUCUGACUAGUUCUACAUGUGAUGGUGACGGAGCCUCCCAGAACAGAGCUCACUGCUCCAGGCUGAGUCACUGUGACCUGGCCUCUGGACUCUGAGGAUACAGAGACAAAAACAUAAAGCAGCGUCAUGGUUUUGUGGGCUUCAUUUCAGAGGGACGGAUGUUCAUAGAGGAGAGGAGUUUGAUUCUCUGGACUUUACCUGUGAAGCAGCAGCAGAGGAGAGUCCAGAUGAGGACGGAGAUCAAAGUCAUGUUUUUGAUGAGGAGGAUUUCUGUGUCUUCUGUUGUCAUGAAGGACAGCUGUCAGUCAUCCAGUGUUCAACUCUCAGGACUAUAAACUCUCCCAGAGCACUGGAGCAUGGUGCUGCUGAUGCAAAGUGGCUCUCUAUGGAAAUGCUCUGACUGACUCCAAUAGGGACUUGGAUUCCUCUCAUGAUGCUGUUUAUCAAUGGAUCAAUCACUUUAUCAGAGUAUUGAUUAGGAAUGUGUCAGUGCUCAUUUGUAUGAGGCUUUGGUUUCAGUUUGAUGGACACAUUUUCUUCCAGAAUAUUUAGUGAAUUCCCCUUAAUUCACUACCACACAGAUCAACAUCACUGAUGGACACAUUUUAACAACAUUAUCAGUUAUUAUAAUGUAAAAUAAACAUUACUCAUGAUAAUUGUUUGCAUUUGUCAGGUUUUUUUUGUAUAUCUUAUUUCAAUGUCUUCUGAAAGACGAAUUCGUUUUACUUGUACAUGUUUGACAUUUCAGACAAAAAAGGUUAAAUAUAUAUUAAUAUUUUGUAAAUUGAUUUCAAACACUACAAUCGGUGAUUGCAUAAACUGGGUAAACUGGGAAUGUGUUUGCUGAGUUUGUUUGUGUCAAAGUCAGAGAGCCAUGUCUCUCUACAGUGAGAGGUUUUUGUACGGCGGCUCAAUGAGUUUGUAUCACUGUGGUACACGUUCGGUGGAGGAACCAGACUGAAAGUUAACUUGGGUCGAGUCGUCCCCACCCUGACGGUGCUGCCCCCCUCCAGUGAGGAGCUGCAGCAGGGGAAGGCCACGCUCAUGUGUCUGGCCAACAAGGGCUUCCCCUCAGACUGGAGUCUGUCCUGGAAGGUGGACGGCAGCAGCAGCAGCAGCAGCUGGGAGGAGAGCAGGAGCCCCGGGGUGCUGAAGGACGGCCACUACAGCUGGAGCAGCACCCUGAGGCUCUCUGCAGACCACUGGGGGAAGGUGGGCUCUGUGACCUGUGAGGCCACCCAGGGCUCCCAGACUCCGCUCUCAGAGACACUGAGGAGAGACCAGUGUUCCCAGUUCUGACUUGACUCACUGGGACUCUGAUACUGGUUUUACUCUGCUACUGCUCUCAGUCUGCACUCGCUCAUUAUCUGUCUAAAUCUUUCUUUACCUCCUCCCACUCUCUGAUUACAUGUUUCAUUGAAUACAUUUGUUAUUUUGAUUAUUUCAACACAAUAAAGACAAGUUCAUCAAAUCA